UACCUGUUACUUUGAAGUGUUAUCUGAUUAUUUGCUUUUGUAACACCGUUCGUACAUGCAAUAUUAAAAAAACAAAGUGUUAUCAUAUACUUGUACAUACAAACUACAGCAGGAGGAUUUUUUAAACGCAUGUCUCUAACGUAAAACAGGUCGUCAAUUUCUUUGACUAGCAGACCAUGUCAAUAAGAUCUUAACUUUCAUUUAGCUAGUUUUAAGCGUAGCGUAAUUGUACUAGGUUUGUGGGUAGAACAGUUUAAUCAUGUACAAUGCAAGAGGAUGGGAUUUGGUGAAGUGUUUGAAUUAAAUGUUACCAGAUUUGUAAAGAUGUUGUACUUUUUUUGUACAAGCAAUAAUAUCAAUAUAGACAAGCUGCUGUCUACAUUGACCAAAAAGGUCAAAAAUAAGAAACUCAUAUGAUUAAAAUAUUAUUUGGCUUGGUAACGUGUGGCUACUGCCAACCGUCUCCAUAGAUACGAAUUGUCAUUUUACAGCGUCAUCGAUACAACGAUCUUCGUUAUAAACUUUAGGUUGUUUAGUAACUGUUAGAUAUAGUUUUUAGUAUUAUGGUAAAUUAUAAAGCGUAGUUAGCCAUGGCGCUAGCGUUGCCUGAACUUGAUACGAGAUCUGUUUUGGAUGUCGUAGAGGAAAACUUUCGCAGAUGUAACUUGAAAGCUUAUGCCAUCCGCAUGAUAUACAUCGGCGAGCAUACUUUAGCCAAAGAAGAAACAAUCAAACAUUUUAGUGAAACCAUACAUUUAGUGAAUUCUACGUAUUGUGAAAUAAAUGUGUACGGUUUCUUGUUGGUAUACGACAGCUAUUUUGUCCACAUUAUAGAGGGAUCUGAAGAUACAAUUCACAGACAUCUUAGAUUUUUAUUCGCUCGUGAAGCAAAAUGGAUUCAAGAAAUGGAAAAACAGGACCAAGAAGCAAACGGAGACGGAGAAGCAGAAGGGCUCACCGUCAUUUUGAAUGAAGAAGAAUCAGAGCAAACCCAGAGAAAAAUAUUCAAACGCUUGAAAACUGUGAUGAUUUAUCAUUCCGUUCGCACGCUGCUAUUCAGCAGCUGGCGUGCAGUCACAGCGCGACCUCCGUCCCUCAUAGGCAAGCUGGAUGUAUAUGGACCGCUUCAAGAGCACCUCGAACAACUGCGGAUCUUUCUUAACAAAGUUACGAGAAUAUGUGCAUUUGCGAAAGCUGAUGAAAAUUUGCAUUUCGAAGGGUUGCGUGUUAUAGAUCCUAAGAUGGAAGCAUUGCCCGAGGUGGCCCUGUUGGAUUUCCUGCUACAAUCCCCUCAUAUUCUAGAUCUCCGUGAGACCAUGAACUUACACAGGCGUGUCGAUGACUAUCUAUACUUUUUCGAGGAGGUAUGGCCUUUACCUACUCAUUUCACGCCUCGGCUUCUGUACAAGUUGAAGAUUGACGACUCAUUCGUGGAACCUCUGCCGAUUAUGCCAUGGGAUACCGUCAAGAAAGAAGGAGAAGAUGAGGAAAAAGAAGAAGCACUAACUGGAAGUUCCUCAAGCGAUUAAACUACGCUGGGUCACAAUAGUUUAGCAUUUUUUUGUCCAUAGUUUAUUGGUUAUUGAUUUCUAGUCAUUUUUUGUAUUUUGUAACCUACCUACUAAUAAAAAAUUCGACGACGUACCUAUUACAUAAUAUGCC